AUGCCAACUGCCUCGCGCAAUCCCGCGCAGGCUCCCACCCGGGCUGAAACGUCUGCCAAACGCGCUGUGCGAAACUUGCCGGCGACUGGCGCUGUGCGAUCCAAGCCCGUCCCACGGGAGGUCCAGUUCCGAGAGACCUUGCGCGCCGUCCGCCUAGAGGAGAGCCAUCAGCGAGUUGUCGCCGAAAAAGCCCAGUUGUCCGCGAAAGUCCACCAGCUUACGUCGGAGUGUCGCCAGUUGAAGGGUGAAAACCGUACAUUGAAAGAUAGCUUGGAAACAGCGACCACCCAGGAUCAAAUAUCUCGGGGUGAACACAAGGAGUCCUUGAAGGACCUCCAGAGCUCCGCUUCGUCGUUGGUCAACCAGAUCACGUCCAAGAUCAACGAGAGUGACCAGGCAUACUUUUCCACUCUUCUACCUGACCCUGAUGUGGCCCAAAACUGGCAAGAUCAAGACGCAAGCUAUCUGCUCAACCCUACAGAUAUGUCGGCACUACCCGUUCCGGGCUACCCUUCGUCCACCUUGCCCACCAUGUCCCAAGUCGAUCCAUACGCGCAUCUGCCUUGA